AGGAAGCAGCAGAAAUUGCCAGGUUUUAUCCCUGCAGUUGCACACACACACACCCCCUCCCUUUUUUAAGCAGUAGGUAGUCGAAGCAACAGGAAGACAAAAAGACAUUCCUUUAAAUCCUUGCUCAAAAAGAGGACAGGAAAUACCUUUCCUUAGUCCAAAUUCCCCUGCUGGGUGAGAGUCAAGUGCAGGGCUUUCAGGUCCAGAGAUUCCCGUUGGGGGAGUCCUCCCUGGGAGGAAAAAACACCAUUUGUUUGUGAAUGCUUGGAAACCACUGAGUUUUCCGGGAAAGGUUCUUUAUCUGGUGAUCUUGGGUUGUGAUGUGUGUUUUGUGUGAGUGAUUAAUCCCCUCCUGAGUGUCCCCUCUGCUCCUUUACUCUUCCCUUGCUCGUUUUUUUCCUGACCCUCCCUAAAAAUAGACUUUUCCCCGUGUUUAUUUGUGUCUUUGCAGGGUGGGCCUUGAGGCACCGGGAGGUUUUAUUUAAUACCUGAAGUGGGAGCUGGGAGCUGGGGUUGUGAGCUGGGAUUCCUGGGCUCUGCUGGGAGUGAUUUGCAGCAGUUUUGCAGGAGGUGGCACCGAGGUGUUGGUGACUGGGGGUUUGUGUUGGUCCUGCCUGAUAAAACCCCCUGUCAGGGGGAUUUGGUGGUUGUUACGUGUCAGGACCCCAAAGAGUCGAGAAUAGAGAUCAAGGAGUUCAAGCUGUGGUGCCUCAGCCAGUGUUUUCACCUGCCCUGUUAUCUCCCAGCACCUUUGGGAAGCAGCUGGGUUCAUUUUAUUGACGGUGUUGUUUUGCUGGCAGGUUGGAGCCGACUCCUGCUGAUUCCUGCUCCGAAGGGGCUGCUCAGAGGGCACCGGGAGCUGACAGAGCUCAGAACAGGCCUCUAGAGCUGGCAGCAGAGAUCCAGGCAGCGCCAGCACCAUGGCAGACGGUUCCCCUCAUCCCCCUCACCCCCCUGGGCUCUGCCUGCGGCGGGAAUUCAAACAGGAUGCACUUCCCAGGGCCAAGAGGUCGUCGGAUUCGGCGGCGCAGCUCCCGGCCCUGCAGUCGGCCAAGAGGGUGUGUGUGCUGAGCCAGGCCUGCAGCACUCCAAAGCCAUCAGACAGCCUGCUGCUCCUCUCCCCGGGGUCUCCCUGCUCCCAUUUCCUGGAUGACAGCGGCCAGGGUGAUCUUGCCGCUGAUUUCUGUGGGUCGAGGUACGACGACGUGGCCGUUUCGCUGGACACCAGCGGGUGCUUCGACGACGCCGAGCUGGACGACUCCCUGCUGGAACUGUCAGGCAGCGAGAAAGGGAACUCUCCCUUCGAUUACACCGAGGAGGAGAUCCAGGAAAUCUUGGCAGAUGACUGCAUGGAAGCUGAGCAGCAGCACCUGAUUAGCCAAAGCCAUCUGAGCCAGAGUGUAAAUGAGGAGAGCGGAGAGGCCGAGAGCGGCAGCUGCAGCGGGGCCUCGCUCGGUGAAGAUGCCGCGGAGAUGGCGGAGGAACCGGAGGAACCUCUGCCCCAGGAGGGUUCCACAGUCAGUUCUGGGUGUUAUCCUGGCUUUCUGAGUGGAAGUGCCGGUUUGGGUGGGAUCCACCUGCAGCAGGAGCUCGACCUGCAGGAUCUCCUGCACCUCGGCCCGUUCUCUGCCGGCCGUUCCGAUGAGCCCCCGGAGGGCAAUUAUCAGGUGGAGGUGGAAAGAGAAGCUCUAGAAGCAAUGAUAGAUGAUUGUUUAGGAUAUGCUACGACUGCUGGUAGCUGCAUUCCCGAAGAACCCCUGGAGCCUGAAGGCCAGGAAAGCCUGGCUUUGGAUUGCCUGGGAAGAGCCGUGCCCGUGUCUCACCUUGGCCGGAGCGCAGCUGAUGAGAGCCCAGCACCUGGGGCUGGAAACCAAGGGCUUCCCAAAGCAACAACGAGGUGGUUUUCAAGGAAACCAGACUCUCCAGAGGAUGGUGAAGGGGAAUCUCCAGGAGCUGAGCAGCCAUCAGGAGACGUUAAAUUAAGUGACACAACUGUAGUCCAGACUGUGCAGGAAGAGACAACCAGUGGGAAGAAAUCUGGCAAGGUUAUUAUUGCCCCACAGGAGAAGGAGAAAAGACUGAAACAACGGCCCUGCAUGUCAGAAGUGAAAGCUGAGCAAAAGAAACGUUUCCAUCCAGAGUGUGCACAUCCACAUGAUGAAAAGUGUCCCCCCUGUGUCAGAAAUUACCCAAGGGCCAACAAGAAACCUACCCAGAGGUACAGCCAUGCCCACUGGGUGAGCAAGAACUUGGCCAAACUCCACGAUUUCCAGAGCAUUCCCGACCACUUCCAGUGUAACCCCGUUUGAUUUUUUCCGCUGUGUUCUGCCUUUAGGAGUUGAUAACUGGUUUGGUUUUUAAGUGGUUUGUACUGGGACAAGUUGUCUUCUGAUCUGCUUUUGAAAAGGCCAGUGGGAGUUUCCUCUGUUUGGGACAGGUUUGGAGAUGAAGUUUAAACCUGGUCUGUUUGGUUUGUUGUUUUUUUUUUUGUGGGCAGCUUUUAUGCCUUGCACCCUUGGGACUGCAACCAACCUCCUCACAGGUCACAUUGGGGGUUGUUGGAUCGUUGCACUGCUGGAAACUGGAAAAAUGGGCUUUGAAGUGGGGGAAAAACUUGAUCUAAAGCUUGGCAUCGAAUCUCCUGCAGCGAUUGGGAUCCCUUUGGGGAACAGAAAGGUUUAGAACUGGGAGAAGCAGCUGUGGCUGCUGUUCUGUUGGACAAAGCUCUGUGUGUGUGUUCCGAGCUCGGGAGAAGCUGCUGAUGUCACUGCUGGCUUCUCUUGUUCUCUUGUUGUUUUUGUCCCUGAAAAGUUUGCCUUUUUUUGAUUGUUUUGACUUGUUUUCCUUUGUGACUUCUCUUGUUAAAAUAUUUAACGAGAUCUGCGCU